GAUCAACGCUGUUAAAAUUCCUCCCCAAGAUGGGAGCCCUGAGAUCGUAUUCCAUAUGAAAAUGACAAUCUAAUGCUUCCAACCACCUUUCCCAGUUCCCAUUUCUGGCCGUGCUGGGCAGUCUGAGAAUCGGGGUUCUUGGUCAUCCUCUGUCCACUCAGCAGCAUGGAAAUUAUUUGUCAUUUUAAAAACGCUACCAGGUCUUUUGUGGAAGUUGCUUGCCUCGUUUCAAGUUUUUCUCGAAAAUCGCAAGGUCGGGACUUGAUUCUCGUUCUUGCCUUUGGAAUGAAAACUCCCAGGUGACGCAAAACAUUAUUUUUCUGAGGUGGGUGACUCACCCAUUGGUGCAUUAUUCUGCAUUUGAUGCUCCUACAUUCUCCAUUACUCAGCCAUAAAAAUACAGGUUGCUGUGGAAGCAGUCUAGUAUGAAAAACGUCAGCUCUUAGCGGCUGAAAGUAUGACUACUAACUAGCUUUAGAAAGCUGAAUUCAUGCAGGUCUGCAGGAAUCUGAAAAUCCUGGGUCUUCCUGAUGCUUUGGACUCCGAUCAUGGCCAAUAACAAGGGACCGCGGGAGCCGUAGUCCAGAACACGCACUAGACCCCAGUUCGCCCAUCCUCUGCCAUAGCUGUGCAACAUUGCAGGGAAAGUUUUCUACCAACGGCUUUUCCUGAAGGGCUGCAGCCAAUUCUCCUGGGCUGAUAGGAAAAGUGCCAUCCAAAAGCUUUGAAAACCCAACCACUGAAACAUUAAAAUAAUGGUCUGUCCAUUACUGCCCCCGCCAUCCCUCUGGAUAUGGGCAGUUCACUAGAGGUAUCUGAUGAAGUUAUUUUAGCGGGUGUUACAUGGCCCUCCAACAAUGCAGUCGCUGGGCCCAAGCGGGUGCCGGAGGAGAGCUUUGGAUGGCAGCCUAAAUCCACCCUCUCCAGGAUCGAAUAAAUGCAGAUGCCCAGCCAGGCUGCCGGGGAGAGAGCGUUCGGGCUCUGGAAGUGGGGGGACCAUGGAGAUCCUCAGCAUUCAGCAGUUGGUAAGUGAUGAACAGCCCGAAGGGAAAGUCGGCUGCUUUGCAGCGCGGGCGAGAGGCGCAGCCUGGGAGCCUGAACGUUGGCGCUCAGGUCCAGCUGGCGCCUGGUGGGAAUCAGUGGAAAGAGAGAAGCAGAAAGCAGAAGAUGAGAAGAAGAAGAAGCUUGAGGCCCUCAACAAUUCCAGGUUGAAGCUUGAUAGCCUGCAGGACUUAGAGGCCUUUGUCAAGCUUCACAAACAGAAGAAGAAACGUAAGAAAGUGGCCCUCCCCAAACAGCAGGAGCCAGAAAUUAUUAUAGAAUCGGUGGAGUCAGAGCAGUUUCUUGACGCUGCGCUGGAGAACCAGAUUCCUGUAAUCGACAAGUAUCUGGCUGAUGGAGGGGACCCCAAUGCCCAUGACAAGUUCAAAUGCACAGCCCUGCACCGAGCCUGUUUGCGGGGCCACGCAGAGAUUGUGGACAAGCUACUGGAAGCGGGGGCCAAAUUGGAGCCAAGAGACAUGCUGGAGGCCACCCCCUUGUUCUGGGCUUGUCGCGGGGGACAUCUGGACAUCCUCAAGGGGCUGAUCAGCCGCGGAGCCAAGAUUUCCACGCGGGACAAGCUAUGGAGCACCCCCCUGCACGUGGCUGUCCGGACAGGCCACUCUGACUGCGCCGAACAUCUCAUUGCCUGUGGAGCAAACAUCAAUGCCCAAGAUAAGGAAGGAGAUACACCCAUUCACGAUGCAGUCAGGCUAGGACGAUUCAAGGCGGUCAAGACCCUGCUGAUGUACGGUGCAAAUCUUGGCAUCCAGAAUGAGGAGGCGGUCACCCCAGUAGACCUGGUGAAGGACUGGCAGACAGGGAUCCGGGAGACGCUGCAAGUGUGCGCCAACCGGCAGCAAGGCCAACCCAGGAACUGCUGAGUGUGUGUGUGCUGGGGGGCAUCUUGGGCGAUGGGGUGUUGCCUCCACGAGGCAGUACCCCCCCUUCCCUCCACCAUCUUGUGACCAACUCACCGUCCUUGUCCCUGUUUUGCACCAAACUGUGGGCAGAUCUGCCCUUCCCCUACAAUCCUGGUGCCAAGAGAAAAAAAAUCGGGGGAGGGCUUUCUUGCAUCCCCAGGCUGGCAUGAGGGAGCCUGCUGGGCCUUAGGACCCUCCACUGCUUUGUCUCAAAAGCCUAUGGAGGGAGAUUUUCUCUGCCUGCAGCAAACGUGGGCGGGAGAGCAGCUUUGGCAUCCUUGCACGCCUCCUGGCAACCGCUAGAGAGCGGCCUGGCGGGGCUUUUGGCGAGGGAGGCCUCUGCCUUUCAGCCUCCAGAGCCAGGAGGCUUCACCAUGUCAGAAGCUGGGGGGCCUGCAAGGAGAAAGGCCAAAGAGCUGGAGCUACCCUGCCAACCUCCAGACACCCAAAGCAGUCCUGUUCCACGGAGCUACCACUUCGGGCUGUAAAUUCUCGGGGACUGUAAUUGGCACAGAGCGCCAGGCACUGUGGCUACCUGUCUGCCCCAAGGGGCACCGGCGCUGGCCCCGCUGCUCCCUGGAUCUGCGGAGGAGCCACCUUCUGGAUUUUAGAGGAAGCACCUGGCCUUAUUUCCCACCUGCCACAAACUCCCGUGGUCCCUGGGCAGCGUCUCCCCCAAUUCUUCACUGGAAGGAGCGUCCCGCUGCAGCCCUCCCCGAUGCUGUGGUUGAGGGCUGGGAAUGCUUUUCCAGAGGUGGGGAGACCCUCAGGCUGCUGGAGGGAGGGCAGACUGAAGUCCUCUCGAGCUUGUUAUCCCCAAAGCCAAACUCCUCUCUGGGGCGAGUCCAUGCCCCCUGGUGAAGCAGAAGAAAAGUGCAUCCCCCCCCCCCCUUUUUUUUCCUUUUGGCACCACCUCUUAAUUCAACAAGCCAACCAGCAGCCACUGCUGUUUUGUCUCUGGGGGUCCUCACCCUCGUUCCUUGUACAUUAGAGAAGUGGGGCCUGGACAGGCCGAGUUCUCCCCAACCGGCUCACGGUCCUCAAACAACCCAACUCCUUCAGUGAAAGGAGGGGCCAAAAUAUGGCCGGCAGCGCAGUGCUUGCACGCAGCCGGCUGGCCAACCUUUCGCAAGCCUGGUGAUGGAAUAUUCCGGGGGUGGGUGGGCACACGCCGAGCAGGCAACCCACCUCCCCUUGUAACUCCUUUGCUUGGGGGACAGGGUUCCCCCUACUGACUUCUACCUAUUCAUGACUUCACGGUCUGUCUCCGACAAAUGUGCCCCAGAGCCGGGAUGGGCAUCGGCGACGAAGGCCAGCCUCGAUCUCUCAGCCUGGUAUGGGAAUCGUACCGGCUCUGGUGAUGGAUUAUUUAUUUAUGUCUGUAUUUAUUUAUUUCAUUCCAGCUCUCCCCUUCUCCCUUUUCCAGAGAAAGGGCCACUGAGGCUGGAGAAAAUUACUUGAAUUUAUCUUUGUAAACCAGUGCAACUUGACUUCUUGUGCCGACUUCGGCCCCAAACGUGUCGCAAAUGAUACCGUAGUCCUUUCGCCUGACGGCUCCGAGCCGCACUGGGCCACGAUGGACAGGCAACUCGCCUCUUAGCCACCCCGGUGGCUUAAGACCGGCUUUGAGGUUGCUUUGCUGCGGGCCCGAGGUCUUCCCCGAGGUCUUCGGUAUCAUCUCAGGGCUGGCCCCUCCCUCCGUGCCCACCGCAGGACCUCCGAUUCCCCAUGGAGGGGCGCGUGGGCGAGGCUGGAGGGCGUUCCAGAAAGAUACUCCGUUUAGGGGCCUGAUUGUGCAUUACGAAGACUUCCGUUCCUCAAAGUGUUGUGACGGCAGUGCUGCAGUGAUGUGAUUUUUCUUUUGUAAAUAAUAAAAGCGUUUUGUGUCCUGAAA